ACGACUUUGCUGUUUGUUGUGCAACUAGUGAUUUUGUUAUAAGUACUGUGACGAUGUGGUGUAUCGAUAUAGUAAUAAAUGGAUGUGCUUUGAGACGUGAUAUCGUACGGCGAAAAAAACGACACUCGACGAAGCUUCGACGAGCCAAAGUAAGUUAGCGGUGAAGAUUAUAAUUAAGUUGAAAUAAAAACAAAAUUAAAAUGCCAAGAGGUGGUAGAGGAACUGGCCGUGGUGGAAGAGGCAGGGGUAGAGGUGGUAGCAGAGGUCGAGGUCGAGGCAGAGGUCACCAGUCUACAAGUAACAAUGGUGGUUCGCAGCCCACACCGUCACCAUGGGGAAUUGAUGACCUGUCAGUUGCAGGGAUAAAUAACCUAAGUCAAUCUGAUGACAAUGGGUCCAACGUUCAAGAUUUAUUUGUGCUAGUCAGCACCACUGAUCAGCAUUAUGAUGCCCAAGUGAGAGACAGAGAUGGUUACCUGGCAACCCUGGCGGUUUUGGGAGAAAAUGGUGUGGAAGCACUGCAAGGAUCUCGAAUCAGAGCACUAGCUUCAGCAUGGGCUCGAAAAGACCAUGAAAUGGUUCAAGUUUUUCUUUCCCAGCCUGAACUAUUUGGUUUGGUGGAGGUUCUCAAGAAUGCGAGAGUAUGA